UGAAAAGUUAUAGUUUAAGAUGCAUUUUGGAUACUUCGCUUUUUGUGUUAUUCUUGGUAUUUUUACAAUAUCAGCAGCUCCAGCUAGAUAUGGAAAGCGAGCAUUUGGAGAACAUGAUUUUGAUAAACAAGAUCUUGGAGAAGACGAUUAUGGAGAGAACGAUAUAGACCAAGAAUUUGGAGAACAUGAAAAUGAUUCUUUAGAGCGAGAUGAUGGAGAACAUGGUGAUGAAGAGCAUGAAUUUGGAGAUGAGCGAGAUGUUGAAGAAUAUGAUUCCGCAGAGCGAGAUGUCGAAGAAUAUGAUUCUAUAGAGCGCGAUGUUGAAGAAUAUGAUUCUGUAGAGCGAAUUGAUGGAGAACAAGAACUUGGAGAACACGAUAAUGGAGAGCAAAAAUUUGAAAAAGAUGACUAUGAAAAGAAAGAUGUUGGAGAUGAUGAUUAUAGAGAGCAAGAACUUGGAGAGAAUGAUUUGGAGCAAGAAUUUGAAAAAGAUGACUUUGGAGAGGAAGAUGUUGGAGAUGAUGAUAAUGGAGAGCAAGAACUUGGAGAGAAUGAUUUAGACCAAGAAUUUGAAAAAGAUGACUUUGAAGAGAAAGAUGUUGGAGAUGAUGAUAAUGGAGAGCAAGAACUUGGAGACAAUGAUUUAGAGGAAGAAUUUGGAGAAGAGGAUUAUAAAGAGGAAGAUGCUGGAGAUGAUGCUUAUGGAGAGCAAGAACUUGGAAAGAAUGAUUUAGACCAAGAAUUUGAAAAAGAUGACUUUGAAGAGAAAGAUGUUGAAGAUGAUAAUAAUGGAGAGCAAGAAUUUGGAGAGAAUGAUUUAGAGCAAGAAUUUGGAGAAGAUUAUAAAGAGGAAGAUGCUGGAGAUGAUGAUUAUGGAGAGCAAGAACUUGGAGAGAAUGAUUUAGACCAAGAAUUUGAAAAAGAUGACUUUGAAGAGAAAGAUGUUGGAGAUGAUGAUAAUGGAGAGAAAGAACUUGGAGAGAAUGAUUUAGAGGAAGAAUUUGGAGAAGAGGAUUAUAAAAAGGAAGAUGCUGGAGAUGAUGCUUAUGGAGAGCAAGAACUUGGAGAGAAUGAUUUAGACCAAGAAUUUGAAAAAGAUGACUUUGGAGAGGAAGAUGUUGGAGAUGAUGAUAAUGGAGAGCAAGAACUUGGAGAGAAUGAUUUAGACCAAGAAUUUGAAAAAGAUGACUUUGAAGAGAAAGAUGUUGGAGAUGAUGAUAAUGGAGAGCAAGAACUUGGAGAGAAUGAUUUAGAGAAAGAAUUUGGAGAAGAGGAUUAUAAAGAGGAAGAUGCUGGAGAUGAUGCUGGAGAUGAUGCUUAUGGAGAGCAAGAACUUGGAGAGAAUGAUUUAGACCAAGAAUUUGAAAAAGAUGACUUUGAAGAGAAAGAUGUUGGAGAUGAUGAUAAUGGAGAGCAAGAACUUGAAGAGAAUGACUUAGAGGAAGAAUUUGGAGAAGAGGAUUAUAAAGAGGAAGAUGCUGGAGAUGAUGCUUAUGGAGAGCAAGAACUUGGAGAGAAUGAUUUGGAGCAAGAAUUUGGAGAAGAGGAUUAUAAAAAGGAAGAUGCUGGAGAUGAUGCUUAUGGAGAGCAAGAACUUGGAGAGCAUGAUUUAGAGGAAGAAUUUGGAGAAGUGGAUUAUAAAGAGGAAGAUGCUGGAGAUGAUGCUUAUGGAGAGCAAAAACUUGGAGAGAAUGAUUUAGAUAAAGAAUUUGAAAAAGAUGACUUUGAAGAGAAAUAUGUUGGAGAUGAUGAUAAUGGAGAGCAAGAACUUGAAGAGAAUGACUUAGAGGAAGAAUUUGGAGAAGAGGAUUAUAAAGAGGAAGAUGCUGGAGAUGAUGCUUAUGGAGAGCAAGAACUUGGAAAGAAUGAUUUAGACCAAGAAUUUGAAAAAGAUGACUUUGAAGAGAAAGAUGUUGGAGAUGAUGAUAAUGGAGAGCAAGAACUUGGAGAGAAUGAUUUAGAGCAAGAAUUUGGAGAAGAGGAUUAUAAAGAGGAAGAUGCUGGAGAUGAUGAUUAUGGAGAGCAAGAACUUGGAGAGAAUGAUUUAGAGGAAGAAUUUGAAGAAGAGGAUUAUAAAGAGGAAGAUGCUGGAGAUGAUGCUUAUGGAGAGCAAGAACUUGGAAAGAAUGAUUUAGACCAAGAAUUUGAAAAAGAUGACUUUGAAGAGAAAGAUGUUGGAGAUGAUGAUAAUGGAGAGCAAGAACUUGGAGAGAAUUAUUUAGACCAAGAAUUUGAAAAAGAUGACUUUGAAGAGAAAGAUGUUGGAGAUGAUGAUAAUGGAGAGCAAGAACUUGGAGAGAAUGAUUUAGAGGAAGAAUUUGGAGAAGAGGAUUAUAAAGAGGAAGAUGCUGGAGAUGAUGCUGGAGAUGAUGCUUAUGGAAAGCAAGAACUUGGAGAGAAUGAUUUAGACCAAGAAUUUGAAAAAGAUGACUUUGAAGAGAAAGAUGUUGGAGAUGAUGAUAAUGGAGAGCAAGAACUUGGAGAGAAUGAUUUAGACCAAGAAUUUGAAAAAGAUGACUUUGAAGAGAAAGAUGUUGGAGAUGAUGAUAAUGGAGAGCAAGAACUUGGAGAGAAUGAUUUAGAGGAAGAAUUUGGAGGAGAGGAUAAUGAUUUAGAGCAGGAAUUAAUAGAAGAAUACGAUUAUCAAGUGCAAGAUAUUGGUCAACAUGAUGAUGUAGUGCAAGAUGUUGGAGAAGAUGAUAAUGGAGAGCCCGAUGUUGGGCAACAUGAUGAUGUAGAGCAAGAUGUUGAAGAAUAUGAUAAUGAAGAACAAAAGUUUGGAGAAAAUGAUAAUGUAGAACAAAAACUUGGAGAACACGAUAAUGUAGAGCAAGAUGUUGGAGAACAUAAUAAUGGAGAACACGAUAAUGUAGAGCAAGAUGUUGGAGAACAUAAUAAUGGAGAACACGAUAAUGUAGAGCAAGAUGUUGGAGAACAUGAUAAUGAGGAGCAAAAACUUGGAGAACACCAUGAUGAGCAAGUUGUUGGAGAACAUGAUAAUGUAGAGCAAGAAAUCGGGGAGCACAAUAAUGAAGAACAAAAACUUGGAGAACAUGAUAAUGUAGAGCAAGAUGUUGGAGAACAUAAUAAUGGAGAACACGAUAAUGUAGAGCAAGAUGUUGGAGAACAUAAUAAUGACGAGCAGAUACUUGGAGAACAUGAUAAUGAAGAACAAAAACUUGGAGAACACGAUAAUGUAGAGCAUGAUGUUGGAGAACAGGAUAAUGUAGAGCAAGAUAAAGGAGAACAUGCUAAUGACGAGCAAAAACUUGGAGAUGAUGUAGAGCAAGAUGUUGGAGAACAUAAUUAUGGACAACACGAUAAUGUACAGCAAGAUGUUGGAGAACAUAAUAAUGAGGAACAAAAACUUGGUGAACACGAUAAUGUAGAGCAAGAUGUUGGAGAACAUGAUAAUGAGGAGCAAAAACUUGGUGAACACGAUAAUGUAGAGCAUGAUCUUGGAGAACAGGAUAAUGUAGAGCAAGAUGUUGGAGAACAUAAUAAUGAGGAGCAAAAACUUGGUGAACACGAUAAUGUAGAGCAAGAUGUUGGAGAACAUGAUAAUGUAGAGCAAGAUAAAGGAGAACAUGCUAAUGACGAGCAAAAACUUGGAGAUGAUGUAGAGCAAGAUGUUGGAGAACAUAAUUAUGGAGAACACGAUAAUGUAGAGCAAGAUGUUGGAGAACAUAAUAAUGAGGAGCAAAAACUUGGUGAACAAGAUAAUGUAGAGCAAGAUGUUGGAGAACAUGAUCAUGUUGAGCAAGAUAAAGGAGAACAUGCUAAUGACGAGCAAAAACUUGGAGAUGAUGUAGAGCAAGAUGUUGGAGAACAUAAUUAUGGAGAACACGAUAAUGUAGAGCAAGAUGUUGGAGAACAUAAUAAUGAAGAGCAAACACUUGGAGAAUAUGAUGAUGACGAACAGAAACUUGGAGAUAAUGAUAAUGAAGAACAAAAACUUGGAGAACAUAAAAAUGGAGAAUACGAUAAUGUAGAGCAAGAUGUUGGAGAACAUAAUAAUGAGGAGCAAAAACUUGGUGAACAAGAUAAUGUAGAGGAAGAUGUUGAAGAACACGAUAAUGUAGAGAAAGAUGUUGGAGAACAUAAUAAUGAAGAGCAAACACUUGGAGAACAUGAUAGUGAAGAACAAAAACUUGGAGAUAAUGAUAAUGAAGAACAAAAACUUGGAGAACAUAAAAAUGGAGAAUACGAUAAUGUAGAGCAAGAUGUUGGAGAACAUAAUAAUGAAGAGCAAACACUUGGAGAACAUGAUAAUGAAGAACAGAAACUUGGAGUACACGAUAAUGUAGAGCAAGAUGUUGGAGGACAUGUUAAUGAAGAACAAAAUGAUAUCAUGAUAACUGAGAUCAAGAUGUUGGAGUUUAAGUAACUUAAUAAGUAGGGGUAAUCAAAAAAAAA